AUGUCGCCCCUACACCUGAGCUUCUACUCAGCCUUCAUUCUUAGCGGACUGGGACUGGCCUUCCACCGAACCCACCUAGUAUCAGCCCUACUAUGCCUUGAAAGCAUGAUACUUUCAAUGUUUGUAGGCCUAACAAUAUGGUCUAUCGAGAGCCAAACCCCCUCAUUCGCCGCAGUACCAAUCAUCAUACUCACCUUCUCAGCAUGUGAGGCAGGCACCGGCCUAGCCAUCCUAGUAGCCUCUACACGCACCCACGGCUCCGACCACCUGCACAACCUAAACUUACUACAAUGCUAA